UCGGACCUAAAAUUCUGAUUUUAAUAUACUUGAUACUGAUUUUAUACCACAAAACCAAAUAAAGCUAGACGAAGCCUAAAAAGAAGCCAAAAAAAAAAACCAAAGAAAAACCAAAAAAACAAACAAACAACUAUAAUGAAGCAAUUUCCUUUUGUUAUCGAAAUAUAUUACUAUAUUGCUAUAAAAUAGUUUUCAUACAAUUAGAUAGGACAAAAAUAUAUUGCUUUUCUAUUUCGAGAUUAAGGAAAUAUUAUGAAUUGCUCAAUACAGAUAUAUAAAAAAGAAUGACGUUAAAUCCAUUAAAAUAUCCAUUAAAAUAUCCAUUCCAUUAUUCAUUAAAUUAUAAAUAUGAUCAUAAAGUUAAUUUUAUCCAAAGACCAAUUACUUCGCCCGAAUAUAAUCAAUUAAAUCAGUUAAACGAAGUGUUAGCAUUGAAUGAGUUAAAUCCUAAUUUUUUAUCGCCAUCGACAAUAUAUACUUCUAAUCAUUAUUAUGAUAAUGAUUGUUAUAAUAAUAGUAAUUACAAUGACAGUGAUUGCAACAGAAUAGUAAAAUCUAAAUAUGAUCAUUCAUUAAAGAUAGAUCAUAUAAUUGAUUUAUAUGAAAUGAUACCAAAUUCAUUUUCUGAGUCAUGUUCUAGCAGUUCGUUUAGUUCAUCCACUAUUUUGAAUGAUAGCGAUAAAGAAAAUUAUAAAGAGAGCAACAAUUAUAAUAAUAAUAAUAAUAACAGCAAUUGGAAUGAUGUCAUUUUAAUGAAUAAUUCAGAUAAAGUUGUACUAGAAAAAGAAAAGAAAACAAUUGGAAUUAAAAAAAAUAGAAAUUCAUUAAAGUUUCAUUCACAUUCAUACUCCUUUAAAGGUAAUAAAACCAGAGUAAUUUUAGAUAAUAAAAAGAAUACCGAUAACCAAGAGAUUCAGACUCAAACUAUACCAAAUAACAAGAACCUGAAUGAGGAAACAAGAAAAAUCAGUGAGACAAUUAAUGAUGAAAAUAAUGAAAAUGAUGAAUAUAAUGACAAAGAAAAAAAUGGCACCAGUUCUAAUAAAAGAGAAAAGGACAAUUAUUUUUCUACACCAAAGUCAGCAAAGGAAUCAAUAAUAUCCACUUUUCACUACUUCAAAGAGAAAAUGAGUCCAGCCUUCAAUAAAAAGCUUACAUCACAUUCCAACAAUAGUAAACACGAGACCAAUGAUGAUAAAGACAUUAAUCCUGCAAAGAAUCAUGUUGAAAACUUGAGCAGAAGUCAUUCAUUGAGAGAGAGACUAAGUCUUCCACGAUUAAACACCCCAAUCUUCGGAGGAAAACACAGACAUAAAGAUAGCACAGGAAGCAAAGACAUCAGUGGUAACACAAAGAAGGUCCCAGCAGCACCAUCGAUCUCAUCGUCGUUUUCAAUGGACAGCUUGGGGUCGUUUUAUCUAGAAUACUCGCGAAACAGCAUCGAGCAGAGUGACGAAAACCCAGACAUGGAGCUCUUGAGGAAGUACGAUGUGGAAAACAGAAUUAGUAGGGGGUGUGUGAAAAAGAGGUCACCAUUCAAAGCGGAUUCCAGUGAUGUUGAAAUCAUCUACCAGUGCUAUCAAAGCUGUACGUAAAAGAAGAAACAGUUCUGCUCUUACUCCAUGUUGCAACAAUAGCCCUGGAACGUCUGGUUUUUCUUCUCCUUCUUUACUCUUCUGCUCAGGCAGCAAAAACGGCACUCUCUCCAUCCUGGAUGGAUGAAAACAAAAAAACGACACCAGCAGGACUCGAACCUGCGCGGGAAAUCCCAAAAGAUUUCUAAUCUUUCGCCUUAACCACUCGGCCAUAGUGCCCAAUUCUGUAGAGAGAACGCCCACACCAUCUACCCGUAGCUUU